GGGCACCGAUCAUAAUUAAAUUAUAAAACUAUAAAAUCCUAACGCAGAACCUCGCAACCUCUCUUCGUUCGCCUCUCAUGGCAGUUUGCUCUGCCUCCGCCACCGCCACCGCCAUCGGUUGCUAGUCGUCGUAAUCGGUGUCGGCGUCCGAUUUGCCGAAAGCAUCAACGCGAUACGUCGACCUAGGUUUUCUAGUUUUCUAGGGGGAGGGAGAGAUAAUAAGGAACGAUUUUUGUUUGUGAAUUAUUAUAUAUAUAUAUAUAUAUAUAUAUAUAUAUAUAUAUAUAUAUAUAUAUAUAUAUAAUACGAUGGCGAAGAAGAGGAAAUCGUUGGCAACGAGCCUAGACGAGGUCGAUCGGACUAUGUAUUCGACGUUUUGCAACGCCGCCAACUCUCUCUCUCAGCUUUACUCGCAAGCUAUGAGCCAACAAAAGCUCUCAUUUCUAUCCGGUGAACGCCAUGGAUUGGAAAAGUUAUAUCAAUGGAUUUCCAAGCAAUAUGCAGAAGGAUUGAGAGUGACCACUGAAGACAUACUAGCUUAUAUCCAGGCUGAGUUAGAAUCUUCAGUGGAGGAGCCACCAAUAGCUCCAAGAACAUUGCAGCAGCCACAAGUGACAAAUCCGUUCAUAAAUUCAGGGCCAUCCAAUGUGCCAGGUGGCGUACAAGGUUUCCGAGCCUUCAAAGCUAUCAUCAUAUAUCAUCAUCAUCAUCAUCACCAUCAUCAUCUCAUGAACAUCAGAAUUUUGAUUCUUCAAUGGAUGCAGAUAAUACCACAGGUUGGAGGGAGUCACAUCAGAUUUUUUGAUGCCAUGUCAAAUUUUUUAAAGCCACGUAGGACGAAGAAAAUGGUAGCAUCUAAGUUGCAAAAUGUAGGGAGUGAUAGUGUUAGUUGA